AUGCUUAUUGUCACGAAGAAACUGUCGGUGCUCCUUGAUUUGCAAAGUCGGUACCGGAUUAACGCUGUCGGUAAAAGAAACCCGACGCCACUUAAUGACCGUGUUUACGUUUGGUUAAUUAACAACCUGUGUUCAUCGGCCACUAACUGGAAUUUAGACUACUGGACCAUUCAUUCCCUGAUACACGUGUUUUGUAGCGGGAAAGGAUGCCGAUUGAUUGUGGGGUCGGAGUCGUUCUCAAGGAAACGCGAAUCUUCCAAGACGGUUGUCGUGCUCAGACAGAAGGCAGGAACACAAUUGGACAAUUCAAUUCAGCCGAGGGGAAAAUGGAGGUCAUGCAGUAUUAAUGCAGUCUAUAGAGAGGCGGAUCAUUCCAAGAAGCCCGGGCGUGCUGUAUUCCAAGUUUCUACUGGCACCUACAUGCCUGUGUCAUUGAACAGCUAUUAUUUAAGCGCCGUCGGUGGAUCGACGGCGUCCGAUUACUGUCACGAGUCUGUCGUUUCUAUCUUAGAAGAUGCGCUUCUUUGA